AUGAGAGCAUACAAUAGAAUAGUUAAACGAGUAAAAGAUGAGCUAAACAUGAGUCUUCUGCCUGGUUCCUGCCUCCUUUAUAUAAGCUGCUCGACUUCUAACUGUUGCGCGGAUACCGGGAGCGCGUACUCCGGAUUUGAUGGGAUUUCCUUGAACAAAUUUGACCAAGUCUUGCGUAACGAGCUCCCGCAGACAACAGCUCGUCGUCUUGUUCCGAACUAUGGCUGGACCUCAAGGAGCCAUGUUGUAAUUAACGAGCUAAACAGGCCAACAAGAGUAUCUGCUGUUCUUCAUGCUGUAGGGAUUAAACCCAUCAGUAGACAGUCCCAGACGCAAAUUCCUCUGCUCGGCGGCGAAAGAAGGGAACUUGUCAUUCAUAGACAUCCAUGUGACAGAGUCUACUAG